AUGAACAACUCUAGCGAAACAGUGAAGUACUUCUUUUCAAGUUACGCAUUGAAGGAAAACGAAGAUAUAGCAAAAACUGCGACGCUAGAAUCAAUUCAAGCGGAAGAAGACAAGGAACGAAAAAGAUUUCUUGAAGAACAAAGCGCGAGUCCGGAGCUUGCCGAUAAGAUUUCUAUCCUCACAAAAUCCUUCCAAAACCAGCGAGAUUUGAUUUCUACAGAUCCGAUGCUGCUAGAAGAAGCAGAAUUGGAAAUAACUCCAGUUGAGGGAAUCAUCCUUCCGGGCAAAGAAAUGGAGGUUCACGUGGUCUUCAAGCCAGAUCGAAUCGGACAGUAUAAGAAAACUGUUUUCUGUGACAUUCAAGGCCGCGAAAAUCGAAUUCCAUUGACCAUCAAAGCUCGUGGAAUCGGGCCACAGCUUCGGCUGAGCUACGAUUCUGUAAAUCUUGGAAAAAUUUUUGUUGGAUCAAAGCACACUUAUGAAAUUCUGAUGAAAAAUCGCGGGGAAAUUGAGGGAAUCUUUUCCAUUCGAGAGACGAAAUCAGAAAUUCGGAACCAACUUUCUUUCGAUCCAACAGAAGGGAUUGUGAUGAAAGAUGGUUACCAACUAAUCAACCUGUAUAUUGAUGCACAACUUCUUGGAUCAUUCGAGGAAGAACUCAAGUUUGAAAUCGAUGGGACAAAUACAGAGCUGAGCCUCAAGGUUUCUGGUGAAGUUAUUGCUCCAACCAUGUCGUUCGAACUUGAAAAACUUAAUCUCGGCCUUAUCUCUACGAGUUUUGAAAAAUCAACGACAAUUUCCCUCAAAAAUGUUUCCCUCGUUCCUGUCAAUUUUGUGAUCAAGUCGACAGCGCGAGAAAUUUCAUUCGACAUCAAUGAAGGAUUUCUUGAAGCAGAGGAGUCAGUGGAGCUCGAACUGGUUUAUAACGGAGAUGAACAGAAAGCUUUUGAAGGAUCUGUUUAUGUCGGCAUUCCAAAUAUAGCUGAGCGUGUUGCAGUUCUUCCGAUAAAGGCUCAGGUUCAAUCACCACCUGUUCAGUUUACAGAAAGCAUUGUCGAUAUUGGCUGCUUAUUUCUCGGUCAUGAGUACCACGCGUCUUUGACUCUUCAAAAUGACCAUGCUCAUCUUUCCGCGCGCUAUCGACUUCUACCUCCUGUUGAUGCUUCCCUCAAAGUUGAGUCAUUUUACCCGGAAGGCUGUGUGGAUCCAGAUUCUAAUUUUGCCGUUCCAAUAACAGUAACGCCUUCCAAACUUGGCGCGUUCAACAACACCGUCGGCUUGAAAAUGGCUGGAAUAGAUGAACCGCUGAUGACGACAAUAGCUGGCACUGUUGCAGGACCUGUAUUAAUUCCUAUCGAGACAAAAGUAGAUCUAGGGAAUGUGAAAGUCCUCGUGCCACAAAAAACUCCUCAUAAAAUCAUGCUGCAGAAUGAGUCGCCGAUUCCCGCGAAAAUAUCUGUCUCAAUGAGAAAAGAUCAGAAUAUUUGGAAGCUCGAAUACCCAGAAAUUGUGGAUCCAGCAUCGCACGCUGAUAUUUUGAUAAACGCGGUUCUCGAUAAUACUCUUGAUUUCAGGGAUGAAAUGGUUAUUGAUGUCGACCACACAAAUCAGAUCAUUAUUCCGGAAGGGAAAGAAAUUACCUUCACAAAUUACGGAAGAAGACAUCAUGCGCUCAUUUGGUUUGUAGCCGGUUACGAGCGACUUUCGCAAAGAGACAUCAACGAGAGAAGGGCUUAUGAAGAGCGGAAAAGAUCAAAAGAUGUAAAAUUCAAAAGCGCACCUGACUUGCCUCCACCACCACAGAGCAUUUUCGAGCUGUCAAAAAUGGACUUUGAGUUGGAACCCGGACAAAGUAUCAAAGUCAAGCUUUUAGGUUUAUCGCCGGAACCUGGAACAGUCCGAGAGACACUCCAAUGCCACGCUGUUAUCGGUCGGAAAAAAGGUCGAGAGAGAAUCUUCAGCAUUCCAAUUCACUGUCAAUUCAUCGAACCAGUCCUUCUUAUUUCCCACAAGAAACUAGAAUUCAGAUUCGAUAAGGAUACUAAAGACGAGCUUCAGGAUGUUGAAGGAUCAACAGAAAUUACAAAUAGUGGAGAUGUCGAUUUACGAUUUGAUCUCAAAACUGUUUCGCCAUUUUAUGUUGGAAAAGUCGGUGAGAAAUGUAUCAGUCACGUUUUAUUCCCUGGCCAAACAGUAGAAGUCAACGUCGUUUUCCAUACUGGCUUCCAGAAGCAUUACAGAUCUUCAAAAACGAUUUCUCAGCUUCUCAUCGAUUACAAAGAUCAUCCAAGUCAGGAUGUCGUCGAGCUUGUUGGCGAACUAAACUUUCCGAACAUCGAGUUCAAUCACGCGGACAUCAAUUUUGGCCCGAUCAGAAACGGAGCUGAAAAGGCAGCAGUUGUUACAAUGUCGAAUAAAUCGCCAAUGACGACAGAGUAUCGCUGGUGGUUCGAGAUUGAGGAUGAGUUAGGAGUUUUCUCAAAGCGAAAAGAACAGCAGGACGCUCUUGUUCGAUCUGCAUCUGGGCUUGGUACAAGUGCGCCCUCUCGUGAAGCCACGAAUACUGAUGGAACAGAACCUGAGCUUGCUGAUUUAGCCAGAGAUUUACCCGGUAUCGACGAUGUUUUCGACAUUCGUCCAAUUUUCGGCAAACUGGAGCCUGGGGAGCAAAUUCAAACAACAAUUCUAUUCAAUGGUCAUCAAGACAUCAACGCUCUCUGCAGAGCUGUUUGUGAAGUGGACGGCGGGCCACAGUACGAGUUGAACAUUGCUGGAGCUUCUGCUGAUGUGAGAUACAGUGUGUCAAGCGAGACGAUAAAAUUUAGAGAAGUGAUGUUCGACAGUUUGGCGGAGAGACAAUUCACGCUCAAGAAUACUUCUUUUGUUCCUUUUGAUUUCUGUCUUUUGGGAGGAAUAAAAGAUUUGUCAGCAAUCAAUCACGAGUUUUUCAUAUCUCCAUUUCAUGGUCAUCAUCUUGGAUCCUUAAGGGUCCUUAAGAUUACGAUAAUUUAUCUUCCUGGUUUCCCGCACAACUUUGAGAAAGCAUUUUCUCUUAUUGUUGCGAAUUUUCUUCCGGCUGAGAUGAAAAUUUCUGGAAAUGCAGUCUUCCCAAGAAUAUCCCUUGAUUUGCCUAGAAAAGGAGGAGACGAAGAUCUUUCUGCUAUCAUCGAUAAUAUUCGUGGAGAUAUGGAGAAGGAGCGGCCGGAUAUUUCCGAGCGUGAAAUCGAACUAGAAGCAGAAAGACUCAUCAUUUCGGCAAAAGCCCAAGAUAUGCCUGUCCAUGAACUGAUGAUCUACCAAAAACGACCGCCUUUCUAUUUGGCAGACUAUGAGCUUGAUCUUGGACCGGUGAUUCUCGGUGAUGUUCGAAAAGCACUGAUUAGAAUCGAUAAUUUCGGAGACAUCCCUGUUGCUUUUGCACCAGAUCAAAAGUACAAAGACAAGAGAUUCUUCAUUGAUCCUCGACUUCCAUUGCACCAGAAAAAGGCAUUGAAAGAAGCUCAAAAGCCUCUCCCGCGAAUAUUUCAAGUAAUACCAGAAGAAGGCGUUCUAGCACCGGGAGAACGAUCUACAGUUCAGGUGGAAUUCAUGCCGACAGAAGAAAGCACUUUCGAAGAAAAUCUUCUCAUCUUUGUUGAAAACUCGACCCAACGAAUGGAAUUUAACGUCUCUGGCUCUGGGGUUUGUCCAAGUCUCAUUUUCUCCAAAUCACCGAUUGAGCUCGGUCCAAUUAUGCCUGAUUCUGCGGGAGCAACAGAGAUAUUCAGUAUCAAAAAUAACUCGAAAGUCGAGGUAGAAUUUUACUCGUUGGACUUUGAUGAGAAAUAUUUGAAAGAAGAAGAGAUGAUAAGAAAUUUGGCCGAGAAGUAUUUCAAUGCAUUCCAAAAAGUAAGAAUGCCGACUCGAAGACCCGGUCAGAGCUUACCCUUUAUCGAAUACAUCAAGGAAGAGACUCCUCCUUCCGUUUCAGAAGACGACGAAUUGAUCAAAACUGAGCCUAAGGACCCUCUCGAGCUCGCGUUGGAAAAACAUUCUGGAAUCGAUAAUUCGGGGGCUGCGAGCAAAACAGCUCGCGAAAAGUGCGAAGAAGAGUCAAGAAGAUUGGAACAGGAAAAAAUGAAUGCAUUGGAAUCAGAAAAUACGACAAAGGAAGCUCCUGCAUUGAGAGAUGAUGCAUCUGUGAUGACUAUGAGAACCGGCGUCACUCAGAAUACAAGCAAGCCAUCAAAAAGAGGAGGGAAGGUCAAGAAUAUCCCGGAAGUCCAAAGCCUUCUGACCCAGAAAAACAUCGAGCGUCUCGAAAGCGAACUUACCGACGCUGCAGAAGCCAACCGCCCACUGGUCUCAACAGUUUUACCAGUCGAUCUCGCCGCUGAAAUCAUCUCAGAAAAACUUCAAGAAAAAGAGUUCUAUAAAGGAGUUAUAUUCGAUGGAAUAGAGUCGAGUUUUCUGACAAAGCUCAAGGAUAGCAUAGAAGUUUUGCUGGCCACCGGACGGAGAAAAGGCAGAAAAAUCUCAGAACAAACUGGUCUUCCUGAACAAUCACCAGCUGAAAAACUUAUUGCGUUCCGCUUUUUCAAUGCUGCUGAAACGCAACUUGAGCCGAGUGAUAAAGUAGAGUGGAUAUUGAAAUACUGGAAUAUGGUCGAACAAGAUGUUAUCUCACAAGAAGAGAGAAUUGCGGCAGAGAUUGAGAACGAAUUGAAAAAGGAAGAAGUCGGCGUGAUAAUGAUCGAAAUUGAAGCUGAGUGCGAGCCCCUUUCGCUCGAAAAAAUCUACGACCAGCUACCAACUGUUGAAGAAGUAGACGACGAUCUCGGUCUUGGAGUGAACGGACCACCGAUUCCUGAGCCAAUCGAAUUCUCGGUCGUUCCAAAGCCGCAAAAACGCCACCCGCCUUAUCACGACAAGCAAAAGUUCUUUAAUCUAAUUGCUUUGAAUCAAGACGAUCCAAAUAUCAACUCAGAUGAUCGUAUUCAAGAAUCACUGACAGAAUAA